AUGGGAAAAACGCAAGUAUGGGAAAAACGGAAGUAUGGGAAAAACGCAAGUAUGGGAAAAACGCAAAUAUGGGAAAAACGCAAAUAUGGGAAAAACGCAAAUAUGGGAAAAACGCAAAUAUGGGAAAAACGCAAAUAUGGGAACAAGGAAAAUAUGGGAACAAGGAAAAUAUGGGAACAAGGAAAAUAUGGGAACAAGGAAAAUAUGGGAACAAGGAAAAUAUGGGAAAAACGCAAAUAUGGGAACAACGGAAAUAUGGGAACAACGCAAAUAAGGGAACAACGCAAAUAUGGGAGAAACGCAAAUAUGGGAGAAACGCAAAUAUGGGAGAAACGCAAAUAUGGGAGAAACGCAAAUAUGGGAGAAACGGAAAUAUGGGAAAAACGAAAAUAUGGGAAAAACGCAAAUAUGGGAAAAACGCAAACAUGGGAAAAACGCAAACAUGAGAAAAACGCAAACAUGGGAAAAACAGAAACAUGGGAAAAACGCAAACAUGGGAAAAACGCAAACAUGGGAAAAACGCAAACAUGGGAAAAACGUCAAAAGCAAAUAUGGGAAAAACGCAAAUAUGGGAAAAACGCAUAUAUGGGAAAAACGCAUAUAUGGGAAAAACGCAUAUCUGGGAAAAACGCAAAUAUGGGAAAAACGCAAAUAUUUGAAAAACGCAAAUAUGGGAAAAACGCAAAUAUGGGAAAAACGCAAAUAUGGGAAAAACGCAAAUAUGGGAAAAACGCAAAUGUGGGAAAAACGAAAAUAUGGGAAAAACGCAAAUAUGGGAAAAACGCAAAUAUGGGAAAAACGCAAUUAUGGGAAAAACGCAAUUAUGGGAAAAGCGCAAAUAUGGGAAAAAUGCAAAUGUAA